UGCGGAAACGUAUUUGGUGGUUGCGUUGCUGGUGUCGCAACGCGAUUAACUUUCAAAAUCUUGAUUACUAUUAUUUAUUUAUUUUUUUUUUUGUAAUAAUUGAAACUUAACAUUUUUCCUUUGUUAAUGAUCUUGAUCUAACAUUGAGAAAUGGCAAAGAGUGCAUACGAAUACGUGAAAGAAUUCGAAAGCUCUGAUGUUAUAACACCAAACGUGUGGAUUGUUGUUCGUAUCGAUGGGAAGUGUUUUCAUAAAUUUGCAGACACUCAUCAUUUUAAAAAGCCAAACGAUCUUUGCUGUUUGGAUCUCAUGAACAAGUGCGCUUCUAAUGUGAUGCAAGAAAUACACGAUAUAAUACUAGCGUACGGACAGAGCGACGAAUACAGUUUUGUAUUCGAAAGAAACACUCGGCUUUAUAAAAGAAGACUGAUGAAAAUAUUGACUCACGUUUGCAGCUUAUUUUCAGUUUCUUUUGCUGUUCAUUGGAAUGACUUUUUCCCCGACGUGAGGAUGAAGGGUUUGCCGUCAUUCGAUGGCAGAAUAGUGACCUAUCCGACCAACAAAAAUCUUCGUGAUUAUCUGAGUUGGAGGCAGACAGACUGCCAUAUAAACAAUUUGUACAACACCACAUUUUGGAAUUUAGUUCAGUUGGAGGGCGUGUCUCGUAAGGAAGCGGAAGAAAGAAUAAGACACACCAUCUCAUCUGGGAAGCACGAGAUUUUAUUUCAGUUGGGUGUAAAUUACAAUAAUGAGCCAGAACAGUUUAGGAAAGGUACUCUUAUAGUGAAAGAAAAAAUAAAUAAGAAACAGGUGAUUGUUGAAAAUUCUGUGAACAUUAAUACAAGGCUGUGUUUGACAUUCACUGAUAUAAUCGGGGAUUCUUUUUGGGAAAAAAAUCCUUACAUUCUUUCGACUGAUUAAUUUGAUUUGUUAAUUUUAUCUGUAGAAUUUUAAACCACAAUUUGUGUAAGUAUCUUUUGAUAAGAAAAAUAUAUUUAUAUAAAGUAUAAAAAAUAUUGAAUUAUUUUUUAAACAUAUAUUAUUAACAAAUCGUUGAGUACUUUUUCAAUGAGAGAGACCCCAGGAAAAUCCCCAAACUAUUAUUGAUGUCCUGUGAUGUUGAAUUAUUCUAGCAAUGCGUACCUAUUAUUCUGAUAUCAGUACUUCAUUGAUUUUUAGAGUCCUCUAAUUUAGAAUAGCAUAAAAAAUUACUACUGCUUUCAAAAAAAUAUUUUAAUAUAAUAUGUUGGUUUUGUUGCCAGUAAAAUAUUUAUA